AGAAAAGACAAAGUAUCGAACCACACGGGGAAAAAACUCCUGCUGAAGCAGCUGAGAUCCACGUGACACACUAUUAUAAAGAUGGCGUUUAUUAAAGAGGAGAGUGAAGACUUCAGGAUUGAAGAAGUGUUCAGUCUGAAACAAGAAGAUACUGAGGAACAAACAGACCUGAUUGAGAAGAGUCAAGAGCUGAAGGAUUUGGAAGAGAAAGAGCAGAAUGAGAAAGAUCAUGAUUUAAAAAUUGGAGAAAAGUUGGAAUCUAACAGUUUUUUAAUAUGCCGUCAUUGUGGAAAGAGUUUCAAUCGAAAACAAAACCUUACGCUCCACAUGAAAGUUCACACUGGAGAGAGACAUUUCAUCUGUCAACUGUGUGGAAAGAGUUUUGCUCAAAAAGGAAGCCUUACAGUCCACAUGAGAGUUCACACCGGAGAAAAGCCUUAUACUUGCUCUCAGUGUGAAAAGAGUUUUGCACAUAAAGGCAACUUUAAUUUCCACAUGAGAAUUCACAGUAGAGAGAGCUCCUUCACCUGCCAACAGUGUGGAAAGAAUUUCCCUCAAAAACAAAACCUGGCAAUCCACAUGAGGAUUCACUCUGGAGAGAAGCCUUACACUUGCACUCAGUGUGGAAAGAGUUUUGCUCAUAAACAUACUCAUAAUGACCACAUGAGAAGUCACACGGGAGAGAAACUGUUCAUAUGUGGUCAAUGUGGAAGGAGUUUCAUACAUAAAGUAAGCCUUAAUCGCCACAUAAGGACUCACUCAGGAGAAAACCGUUUUAUAUGUCAUCUAUGUGGAAAGAGUUUUUGUCAUAAAUGUAGCCUCAAAAUUCACAUGAGAGUUCACACUGGAGAGAAGCCUUACACUUGCACUCAGUGUGGAAAGAGUUUUACUCAUCAACACAACUUUAGUUACCACAUGAGAGUUCACACUGGAGAGAAUUCCUUCACCUGUAAAUCUGAGUGAACGUUCACUGCUGCUGAGUGUGGGCCACAUCUGAUUGUACACCUUCAUACCCACUUCUCUUAUUUUCAUUCUUCACCUCUAUCUACAUUAUCUUGAGGCUACAUCUGGCCAUCUACUUUGCUGUAGUUUCAAGUAAUAAGCAUUUAUAUUUACAUCUAGUCAUUUAGCAGACCCUUUUAU